AGCGCCAGGAUGCAACUGGAGGUGCAGCCGGCAACCCCAGUAGUCUCCCGCGGCCGUCACUAGGUGGCGGUGGCACCUAUCUCCUAUCACCCUAGACAUGGAGGGGGAAUUAAUUCCAUCCUGUGUUGCCUCAUCUAUUGAGAUGUCUAGCGCCAUGCCUUCUAGCAGUGGAAGAACAGCAGAACUAUUGGGCGGAGCGACAGGUUUUGUUGGGUUUAGUGUUUUACAAGACUUGGGCUAUGUGCCAGCAGCUUCACAAGCAGUCCAAACUGAUGAUAGUGCUAUUUCUGCUGAAUUUCGAGUUACAUUACGAAAAAUGACCAAAAAGGAUUCUACAACAAAAAUUAAGGCAUUACAAGAAUUUGAAGCAUUAUGUCAAAAUGAAGAUCAAGAAGCUAUUUUAUCUGCUCUUCCAUUUUGGCCACGUCUAUAUUCCAAGUUAUCAGUAGAUAUAGAGAGAAGGGUUCGAGAGGCAACACAGAUUGCCAAUGGUGCUCUCGUGGCCCAAGUAGGGAAGCAGCUGGCUCCUCAUCUGAAAUCCAUCAUGCCAUCAUGGAUAUUAUCUAUGGUGGAUCCACAUCCUCCUGCUGCCAUUGCUGCCAGUAAAGCUUUCCAGGAUUCUUUUGCUGUGGAGAAAAGGGCUGAGGUUAUGAUUUUUACCUGCAAGGAGAUCAUGGAUCACAUCACUGAUAAUCUGUUUACACAAACUGCCCAGACAUUGUCUGACCCAAAAGUGACUGAUCCUGAGGACAUGAAGAACAAGUACAUACGUGUACUUGCCUCUUCCUUAAAUGCUGUGAGCCUUCUCUUGACUGCCACAGUUAAAAGCACAGAGAAGAAACCACAAAUAAUAUUGAUGAUAUCCACUCUUGUAGAAAACCCAUCAUUUUGGAAAAUACCAAAAAAUAAGCAUCCUAUGGUGCGGAGUGCAUGGUUUUCUACAGUCAAAGACAUGUUUGAAUACGACCCAAAGCUGCUUGGUAAUUCAAGAACGGAACUUAGCAGUGCCAUUAUUCCAGCUUUGGAUGAUCAAGAUGGCACUGUACUGCCUCAUAUAUGGAUAGCUUUCCUACAUCUCUGUGUUACUCAUCCAGAAUUCUGGGGAGAUAAAAGCAGCAGGUCAGUUUUCAAGCGAAUGUAUUCAGUAAUGCGUGAUGGAGCCCGAGGCAGUGCCGGGGAAUGGUAUCCACAGUUACUUCCUAUUAUUAGUGUCAUCCCAGAGGAAGCUAUGGAUGAUAAAUGUACAUUUUACACUGAUUUCUUCAGAGCUAUGACAACUGGAUUACUGAAAGACAGAAUUUUAUCCAAUAGUAGAGAUGUAUCCUCGGUUAUAAUAUCCCUGUUUGAGUGCCUUUCUUUUGUUAGCAAGAAAGUGAACGACCCACAACUUUGGGAUGCCCUCAUGAAAUACCAGGUGGUUGAGCUUUUGAGAUCAUCUUUCAUUGACACGCCACAGUUAAGCACCUCCAAACUUUACCGUGAAGUUGCUGGGCUGCUGCGCUUCUUCUCGUGGAAAUCUCAACAUGAAGAAAUCAAGUUUUUGAGUUUUCUUCUUGACCUUUUUUGGAAAAAAUUUAUUCCAGAGUGUGAAAUCCUAAUUCAUCAAGGAAAUGAGACGACGGUGUCAAAAAUGAUAAAUUUUUUUAAUGUUUUGAGGAACCCUGAUUCUAAAUUCAGCCACAGAAGAGAAGGAAUUAAGUUUAAUGAUGAAGUUCAAUUAAAAGUCCAGCAUGCUGAUGACGAUCUUAAAGAUAAAGAUGAGAAAGAAAAGAUUUUCUUGGAAAAUACUGGAAUGAAGAUUGCACCAUUAACACUUUCUUGUCACACUACAUAUAUGCAGGAGAAAAAUGUGUCAAUUUAUAACAUGUUUUCAGUUUUACUCUCCUCUUUCCCAUCACCAAGUGUUUACAGUGCUCUUUUAUAUGGUCUAAGUGAAGAGAAACUUGCUAAUACUAGAGAAGUGCUUGAACAGGUGAUUCUGCCCAAAAUGGAAGGAGAAAAUCCGUCCAUUUCUCAACCCACCAUUAAUAUAUUCAUGAGUUUAUAUGUUUUGAUGGAACAAGAUGAGCAGAAAUUAAUAUUGAUGAAUUUCAAGCCAUGUUUGUCUGUAAGUGCAUUGCGGCUGCUGAUUGAGAAGAUGACAGAGCGCAGGGAGAGUGACGAAGUGGCCGCAGCAUGGUUAUUGUCAUCACAGUUGGGUUGCAGAUUAGUCCAAUUAGUAGAUAGACUCUGUGGUCCUGUCAAGAUAUUAACAUCAACUCAGCACUUGAUGCAGCAAGAUGAACUUAUUUCCCUAUUCAAUUUUGUACUUAGAAAUGGAAACCAAAAAGAACCUGUGAUAGCCAUGGACUACAUAUCACAGAUUCUCACCAAACUCAGCAUCAACCUUAGAGUCAGUGCUCCUAAUGGAAGUGAACCAGAAGAGAGGAUUGUGCAGUUAGUGGCAAAUUUGGCAGGACAGCUAUUCGGCAGUUACGUAUGUUGGCAAACACGAGGCAUCCAUGAAUUUAUGAAGUCAUUGUUUUUGUUGCUUUGCCAGUCUUCAAAAUCCCUCUCAGAAGACACAGUUGACUUGAUCAAGAUAACCUUCCUGAAAGGUUUUCAAGGUUUAAUUACAUCAGUUGCAGAAGAUAAUCCAGAUAAGCUUUUGGAAGAAGGCAGUUGUCUUAGUUCAACUUUAAAAGAUAUUAAGCAAACUGUGCUGGAGAGCACUUGCACGUACCAUUUGACGAUGACUAUGGCUGAACUUACACAAGAUCUCAUGAGGAUGGUAUUUAAUCAAGUGCCAAAAGAAGAAGAUUGUAGCAUCAUCCUGGAUCAUAGUAAAACACAAGUUAUGUUAGACUUGCUUAUGCCCACUGAGGGAGAAUGGGCAGACUUAGAAGCAGAGCUCUCGCCAUUGUAUGUGGCUCCUGCUGUUCUUCAGGGUACUAUAUCUUUGAGGGAAUUUCCGUUUCCAAAAAGCAUGCAUGAAAGACAGAAUUGGGAACAUACUCAUACACGCAUGUCAAUGUUUCUGUGCGACUUGCUGCUGUUCAUGUGUGGCUCUGGAGAUGAUAAUUUACUCCCUGUGAAGGAAGAGCAGGUGUCUCUUGGGAAGUACACUCACCUUGUUGUUUCAGCACUUCACUCCACCUGCCAUGCAACUGUCAUGCAAGAAUUAAAUGAUUCCCUCCAGAAUAAUACGGUGUCUGAAGACAUGAGAGUUGGUACAAAUAAACUAAAUGAGGACAUGAAGUGCCUGAUGAGAUUGCUAAAUCAGGGAAACAAGAGACUUAUCACAAAACAAAUAAAAAACAGAUGUAAUGAUGGCAGUAGUUCCUGGUGUGUUACUCUGAUCAAAGUUCUAACAGACUGGAUGAAAUCUGAAGAUGUUAACAUCAUGCGGCUGAUGGAGGGCUUGGAAGACAGUGCACUUGGAUUUACUGCAACCAAACAGUCCCUACUCUCACUGCUUCCUCAAGAAAUUAUUAAUGAUAUCUUAGCUGAAGAGAUGGGGAAGUUAUCCAGCUACUCAGAUGACCCAUUUUCCGCUACUCCAAGUGUGUGUAUCAUAACAACAGCCCUGAAUUAUGUACCUUCAUCUAUCACAAAGGAUGUUAUAAACUCAAUCUUCUUGGUUCUGACUCAGUGGAGAGAAAAGGCUGACAACAUUUUCUUAUUUGCCACAGACGUUACUGGUAUGGCAUGGGAGGAUAUCGUUCUCACAUGUUCUUUGGUGCGACUAGUGACUGUGCUGAUUAAGAGACAUGCAAUUUACCUUGAGCCAUCCCACUGGGACUUUGUUCUGUGCCUACUUUCUUCUUGGGUACAGUCUCUUGAGGAAUCAAGGAAGAGUGCUGACAAAGAAAUUGUGACAGGAAUCUUUACAUGUGCAGUGUGUAAAUGUAUUGGUUGUGUCAGUGAAUUCAUGGAAAAGUUGACAUUUGAUCAAUCAGAAAAGGAGAAAUAUCCCCCCAAACUUUUAGAGGACUGGAAAGAAUUUUUCUCACCGUCAAUCUACAACUCGCUUAUCCCCAUAUAUGUGGAUAUUGCAGUGUCUUACAGCAGAAAUCCUUCCAUCAUUCUCUAUGGAGUGUGCCGUGCAGUUUGCAUUGGUGUAUGUCAUGCAGGCCCAGAUGAUCUGGCCAAUCACACCCUCCCUUCCUUGUUUAAUGCUGCACUUGCAGGAGAAGAGUUGAAACUGCCAGAUUCUGAACAGAUCCUACUGAAUCACCUGACCCCGCUGCUGUUGUCAUCACAUCCUCCAACACAGUUUACAGCAUAUAGCUUGCUGAAGACUUUUCUCCCAAGAAUCAUGUCCCAGUGGGAGAUGAACCAGAUAUCUGUCAGAGAAGAGGAGGAUACACCACAAAGGCCAUUACCUUACUCCAUAACUCAAACAAUACAAGAUAGUAGUGUAAUUGUCGAAUCUACUUUAGCCGAGAAAGAAAUGGGUGAUGGAUAUGUGGUAAUGCCUCACACCAAGAGCUUCACCCACAUAACAGGAUAUUUACUAGCCUGGAGAUUAGCUUUAGCAGCUCUCACCUAUGCCUCUGAUGCUAACCAGCACCAAUACUCGACCUAUCUUCGGCAAACGAAUUUGCUCCAAAGACUUCUGCUAAAUCUCUUCAAGUUGAUGCCUCAAACUCCUCUGGUUAAUGAAGGGACCAAGCUAGAGCAAACUGGAGAUGACAAAUCAUUGUUAACAAUAUUCAACACUCAGCUUUAUAUCAGCCCUCUUGCAAAUGCUACAUCACAGCUGGUAGCUCAGCUAGCAUGCAAGGCAUAUUAUGAGUGUGUUAGCCGCAUCCCUGCUGCAGUCAGACAGUGGUUUAUAAGCCUGGACCGACACUAUCAACCUAUAGUUGAUGGCUUUACCACUUUGUAUGUCUCCCCACUGCUAAUUAAUCAAGAAAUGUCUGCAAUUACCAACUCUUCUACAAAGUUUGAUAACAUGACGGUGAAGGCUCGUCCAGGAGCUAGAGAAGUGGUGGCCACCUAUUCCAUAGACGAAACCAGUAUGGAGUUAAUUCUUCGUCUGGCUCCAAAUCACCCACUCACUACAGUCACUGUUGAUGACCAUCGUAGGGUUGGGGUCUCUGUUGCCCAAUGGCGAAAUUGGCUGCUUGUAAUGAAUACUAUGCUCUCGCAUCGCAAUACACCCUUGUUACAGUCAUUAGUGUUUUGGAAACAAAAUGUUGACCAAAAGUUUGAAGGCAUUGAGGAAUGCUUCAUCUGUUACUAUGUCUUGCACGGGACAAAUCAUCAACUACCAAAACUUCUUUGCCGAACUUGCAAGAAGAAGUUCCAUUCAGCAUGCUUGUAUAAAUGGUUCAACAGCAGCAACAACUCGACCUGUCCACUCUGCCGUAGUCUGUUUUAGAGCAGGUAGAAUAGGAAUGUUUCAUAAAUAUCUAUUACUGUUCUUUAAUUUUCAAGCAGCUUAGAAGAAUGAUAUCAGCUGGAAUUAUAUUAAUACCUGCUGUGUAUAUAAUCUUGAUCAACCAGAAGAAUAUUAGUAUUAGCUAAAAAUAAAUUUGAUUACCAUAUUGUAAAUAUAUAUUACUGUGUUUCAGUUGAUUCAUACAUCUGUCAUACAGAUUUUAUUCAUGUAAAUAUGACAUAUUGUAUCACUUAAACUUGAUUUGUAAAUCUAUAAAAAUGGUACAUUAUAUAUAAAAAAAACAUGUACAAAAUGUUUUAUUUUAAUCUUUGGCAACACUCAUCAUUUUGAUAAAUACUGUACUGUACCGUAUAGCUAUAUGAAACUUGGCACUAACGAAUAAAAGGAAAUGUAAUUUUCUAUACUACAGUAUAAACUGAAUUUUUUGUAGGUUAAGUCUGUCCUCAUCACUUCUUGACCAAAUGUGCCUUGUCAAUUGUUUGGUAUGUUUUGUAAACAUAAAAUAAUAUAUUUAAUAUAUAGUUUUCCUUAAAAUGUAUUUUGCUUGUAUUCAGUAAAAGACUUUUGUGAUGUGUUUUGUAACUCAAAUGUGUAAACCAUGAAAACUUAUAUUCAAAGAGUGAAUGAGCUGUGAAUAAUGAAAAUAUCUGGAGUGUUAGUAUAUAUAUAUUGCUUCUAAUCAAUCAUGAGUUGGUAUUGUAUUCUUGAAAAAUAUCUGUAUAGUGAUUGUACUUUGACAUUAUAAAUAAUGCAUAUGGAACUAUGAAAUCUACGAAAGUAUUCCUUAUCCAUAUCUGGAAAAGUCGAGGAAUGUUUGUAAACACUUGCACUCUGUCAUUUAGUGCAUCCACUCUUAGUUCUAAAUAAAAAUUAUAUAUUAAA